AUGAUUGGCCUGAUCGUGCUCACACUCUUGGGUGCUGCAGUGGCAGCCCCUUCGGAUGACAGGAUUGUGGGUGGCUACGAUUGUCCAGCUCACUCUCAACCCUGGCAGGUGUCCCUGAACCUCGGCUACCACUUCUGUGGUGGCUCCCUCAUUAACGACCAGUGGAUCGCCUCUGCUGCCCAUUGCUGGCAAAAGUUUAUUGCCAUCCUGGGUGACAACCACAUCUGGAUCCAUGAGGGCACGGAGCAGUACAUGUCUGUAGAUGCCAUCUACUGGCAUCAGAGUUACGACUACCAGACCCUGGACUACGACAUCAUGCUGAUGAAGCUGGCGCACCCUGUCACCGUGAACGAGUACGUCAGUCCUGUGUCCCUGCCCACAGCCUGCCCAGCACCUGGGACCAUGUGCACUGUAUCUGGAUGGGGAAACAUCUACUCUGAUUCAGUGUUCAACCCAUUUUACCUCCAGUGUUUGGAAGUCCCCAUUCUGUCCCAUGAGCAGUGUGACACCGCCUACCCUGCCAUGAUCACUGACCACAUGGUGUGUGCCGGAUACCUGGAGGGAGGCAAGGAUGCUUGUCAGGGUGACUCCGGUGGUCCUCUGGUGUGUAACGGGGAGCUGCAUGGUAUUGUCUCUUGGGGCCAGGGCUGCGCUCAGCCCAACUACCCAGGUGUUUACACCAAAGUCUGCUCUCUGCUGCCCUGGAUCAAUGAGAUUCUCUCCACAUACAGCUAGACUGUGAUCUCCCAUCACAUACAUGAGAGAGUGGAAACCAGAGAGAGAGAUUUUAACUG